UCCCGCUUCCGGCCGGUCUUCGUUCCGCUUCCGGUCCGACACUGGAGUCAUUGCUGAGGGUCACAUUGAGCUUCCAGGGGCUUCAGGAGCGUCUUUAGGUGAGUGUAGGGGGCUCGGGGGCCCUGGAACCCCAGCCUGGGGAACUGUGGAGCCCGACCCUUGCUUCCCGGAGAACGAGGAGUCAGCACUAUGGCAGAGGACAUCAAGACCAAAAUCAAGAACUACCAGACUGCUCCUUUUGACAGCCGCUUCCCCAACCAGAACCAGACGAGGAACUGCUGGCAGAACUACCUGGACUUCCACCGCUGUGAGAAGGCAAUGACUGCUAAAGAGGGUGACGUCUCCGUGUGUGAAUGGUACCGGCGUGUGUACAAGUCCCUCUGCCCCAUAUCCUGGGUGUCAGCCUGGGACGACCGCCGGGCAGAAGGCACGUUUCCUGGGAAGAUCUGAACUGGCUCCACCCCACCUUCUCUGUCCUCCGUCCUUCUCCCCAGGGUGGUGAAGGGGGACCUGGGUACAUAGUGAUGCCCACCCUGGGGUCCUGAAUCAUGGCUUAACUAAUAAUAAAUACUCGUUGGAAGAGUGUAA